CUGUCCCUGCCCCGAGGGACAGGAGACUUAGCAGCAGGUUUGGCUCCUGUGGGAAGGAAGGUGGCAGGUACCAUGAUCCCAGAGGACAUUCAGAGGCUCCUGGAAGAUGCUGAGGGCUACCUGGCAGAUGGGCUGCAGAAUGAAAACCUGAGUGCUAAAGCAAGAGAGCAGAGGGAUGCAAUUCUCUUUGGCUUCCAGCAAGUCAAAGCCAGGUACCACUUGGACUUUCUGCCCAGAGGAGAGGAUCAGUGUGAUGCUGGCUUUGGACAGGACAGUUCUGAUGAAAAUCAGAACUGGAGUUUUGCCCCUUCCGUGACAUCUGAUGCUUCACUUCCAUCGGACUUCCAGGAUGAUGGAUUGGAGGAGAUCACACCCAAGUCUGUCCAAGAUACAGGGAACAUUUUGAAGCAAGGAUACCUGGAGAAGAAGUCCCGAGAGCACAGCUUUUUCGGGUCCGAGUGGCAGAAGCGCUGGUGUGUCCUCAACAGAAGCACCUUUUACUACUACGCCAAUGAGAAAAGCAAGCAACCUAAAGGCACCUUCUCCAUUGAGCACUAUAGUGCCCGGCUGGCUCCCCAGCUCCGCAAAGACUCUCGGAAAAGAUGCUGUUUUGAGUUAACCUGCUCUGGCAAACGCACCUACGAGUUCACAGCCCCAAGCCCAGCAGAGGCUGAAGAAUGGGUGGAUCAGAUCCAGUUCCUCCUGAAGGACCUGAGCUCCCUCACUAUCCCGUACGAUGAAGGGGAUGAAGAGGAGCUCUACAACGACGUGGACAGUUCUGAGUCUGGGAACACAAUAUCCCACAAUACUACUCUGAAUCAAGAUGAGCCAAAUGUUGAAAUGGAAGAGGAUGACAUCUACGAGGUUUUGCCAGAUGAGGAGCUGGAUCCCCCCUUCCCAGAGGACACCAAGGAUGCAGGGAGCAGACAGAGAAGCGAGGGUCCCUGGCAGGAUUAUGCCCAUUACUACCGAGGCCUGUGGGACUGCAGCAGCGAGCACCCCGACGAGCUCUCCUUCCACCGCGGAGACCUCAUCUACAUCCUCAGCAAGGAGUACAACAUGUACGGCUGGUGGGUCGGAGAACUCAACAACGUGGUCGGGAUCGUCCCGAAGGAUUACCUGGCAGCUGCCUACGACCUGGAGGAGCAGUGAGGACCCAGUGCCCCAGGUGCUUCUCUCUCGCUGACCAUGCUGAGAUGCCACCGACACCAUCCCCACCACCCUACAGGCACCCGCUGCAUGAAGAGACCCACGUCCCAUCACCAGAGCUCUGCACUGUGGUACCCACAGCAACGCCAUCGGGGCACAGGGGGGACACGGGGGGCUGGCACCCCACAAUAAAGCCGUUUUCCUCUC